AUGAUAGUAGUAAGAGUGGUUCACGUAGGUUUAGCACCCAGGAAUAAGCACCUCGUUCAGGGUACGGUCUUCGAAAAACCUCAUCAUUCACCCAUCGUUGAGGAACAAAAAAACUAUCCCUUACCGGAUUUGAUACCAAAAUAUUACUCUCCGGCCAAAGACGCGAAGGAAACGUUCAAGGAACAAGGGAAGGAACACGUGGAGGAAAAGCGGAAGGAAAGCGUUAGAAAGAAUUAUCAGGAUUCUGGUGAGCAAGAACAUAAUUAUAAUGCCUAUGGGGUAGGUCCGAGCUUUGGUAAAGAGAAAAUGGAAGAUGAAAAAGGCCCUAGAAUAAAAUUCCAACAUGGCUGGAAAAAUGGACGAGGAUAUGGUCGUUUCAAAUUCAUGGAUCACGAUAAUUAUCCCUAUAAUAAAUACAAUGACUACGUAAAUAAUAAUAAUUAUGAAGAAAAUGAUAAUGUCAAUGCCGAUGUAAAUAAUAACGAUGAUAACGUAAAUGAUUAUAAUGAUGAUUAUGAUAUCGAUUACGAAUAUUACAAUUGA